AUGUCGAGCAAAGAAGUUUCUAAUAAUAAACUCGAAGUUUCAAAAUUAACAUUUGGAGCGGCCGUCUUUAAUGGCUUGCAUAAUCAUAUCGAAGAAGAUUGGCCGUCAUUAUCUGUUCGAAGGGCCCUUGAGUUGGACAUUAACGCAUUUGAUACUAGUCCAUAUUACGGCGAUAGUGAAAACAUACUUGGUUCUGCCCUUUACAAUUUGCGAGAGGAAUUUCCUCGAUCUAGUUAUUACAUAUUCACCAAAGUAGGUCGAUACGGCCUGAAAGAUUUUGAUUACACCGCCAAACGAAUUCGACAAAGUGUUGAAGAAAGCUGUAGGCGAUUACACACCGAUUAUUUGGACGUUGUAUAUGCGCAUGAUGUAGAAUUUGUUAAACUUGAAGAUAUUGUUGAAGAAGGAUAUCCUUUAGAUGUUCUUUUGAAAAUAGCACGACUUCAAUAUGAUCGCAAUCAACCGAUUGAUGUUAUUCUUUCUUAUUCUCAUUAUUGCCUUCAUAACAUUAAAUUAUCAGACUAUAUUCAAGAAUUUAAUCGCGUUGGAGUUCGUUACAUAAUGAAUGCGUCUCCGCUUAGCAUGGGACUUUUGCGUAAUAACGGUCCACCAGAUUGGCAUCCAGCUUCAAAUGAGUUGCGACAUGCUGUUGCGCAAAGUUCUGCGCUUGCUUCCAGUAAUAAUUUAAACAUUUCUAAAUUAGCAAUUCUAUUUGCUUUAGAUUUGAGUGGCAUCAUUACUACUGUAAUCGGAUUAUCUAAUCCAACUGAAGUUGAUGAUGCUAUUUCAUUUCUUAAAGAAGCGCAAGCGAGACAAAGGGGAGAGGCGGUAACUCCAGAAAUUGAAAAGAAGGUCUUGACCGAAAUUCAUCAAAUUCUUGAACCUUAUUUCAAUUUGAGUUGGGAUUCUCCUCCAAAAGAUCUUUGA